AUGGCCACUGCCACGGGGGAUGGGGCCAUCGCCAGGCGUUCAACCAGGCGUUCAAUCAACGCCUUCUCGAGUACCAGCUCGCAAAGCGAAAGGAAGACAUCAAUUUUGAAGGCCAUCGCGGCAUACCACGAUACAAAGGACCGAACACAUCUUCUCCAGGCUCUCAGCUUCAUUGAUUGUGCUCUCGGAAAAAGCAGUAACCAAGAAGGAAGAAAUGUCGUCGACCUGCUCUUCACCAAGCCGCACGAGAUCGACAAAGAAGCAGCGUCCGAAGUCGCCGAAAUACUACGCAUACCUAAUUUGGUCUACCAUCCUAUGUCAUUCGCCGAAAGGAGCACGUGGAAAGAGCGGGCGAAGGUGAUCCUCUUCCUUAGCGCCACGGCAGGGGGAACGGGACUCAACAUUGCUACAGCAUCUCGUUUGAUUAUUUGCGAGCCUCAGUUCAGCCCUGGUUCCGAUUCCCGGCUGUACCGUCUACCGCAGAUACAAGACCUCUCCGUAUAUCGCGUAGUGGGUCAGUCCUGCGCAGUGGACGCGUACCUCGUCGGCAACUCCGUACGAAAGUCGGAGUUUGAAAGAGGGCCGAUGACAAGCCGGGUACCUAAGGUACCUAGGUAG